AUGUCUUCAAUUAUGAGAAAAGAUAGGACAGUGACCUCAUCGGACAGAAUAUGCAGCUGUCAUUUCAAAGAUGGAAGGAAGGAGAACGGCCCAACAUUGUUUCCUUGGAACCAGGGUACUUACUUUGACUUCCAGGAUCCGAAUACAAUUUCACGACAUCAAUCCAGACAAGCUGACCCUUGUACAGAAGAAGAGACUGAGGCAGCUGUUACAUGUAAUGACAGAGAACCUUUGACUACAAAUGAGACUGUUGAUCUGGAGCACACUUAUAUGCGGUCCUAUACAUCUCUUGUACAAGAGAUCAAGGGACUUGAAAAGCAAAUUGCAGAGUUGCAGACAGAAAUUAGUUACCUCCAGUCCAAAAAACAUCCUGUAACAGUUGCCAAAAUAAUGGAAAAUGAAAAGAAGAUGAUGAUGUACACCUCUUUAAAACCAGAGAUAUUUAGCACAACAUUACAGCGGUUCCCUCUGGUAUAUGUGGAUGGGUGGACUCCAAGUGCUUUUUCGAGGUCGGACCAACUUUUCAUGACAUUGAUGAAACUGAAGCUGAACUGUCCCCUCCUUGACCUUGCCGAACGAUUCUGUACCAGCAAAGCCACAGUACAUAAUAUCUUCAUUACCCAUGUUUUUGCUUUGCAUGAAGUGUUUUUUGUAGGCAUGAUGGAAAACAAUAUUCCAUCUCUUCUGAAAUGCAAGUCAUCAAUGCCAUCAAGCUUUGGAGAUUUCAGUUGCUGUCGUCUGGUAAUUGAUGCCACAGAGGUGACGCAGGAUGUCCCUGGUCAGGACAUGGCAGCUCAAUCCCAGACAUAUAGCUCAUACAAAAAUCGACACACUGUAAAGGCAGUAACAGGUGUUGCUCCUAAUGGAGCAGUUGUGUACGUUAGCAAACUUUAUCCUGGCAGUACCUCAGAUGUGGCUAUAGUGGAACACAGCAACAUGUUAGCUAAGUUAUCGCCCGGGGACAUGAUCUUGGCAGAUAAAGGUUUUACCAUCUAUUCACUUCUUCCUCAAGGUGUUCACUUGAAUAUUCCCCCAUUCCUUAAAGAUAAGGGACAAUACACACCAGCUGAAGUUCAGGUUUGCAGAAAGAUAGCUCGUUCAAGAAUCCAUGUUGAGAGAGUGAAUGAGAGGAUAAAAUAUUUUGAGAUUCUUUCACAUAUUCCCCAGCAAUUUCGCCACAUUAGCACAAAGAUUUUUCAAGUUUGUUCUAUGCUUGUAAACUUUCAAGAUCCAAUGAUCGCUGAAAUUGCAGAUAAUUACACUUCCAAUCAGUAA